GCAACACUGGUUUGGGCAGUCACUCAUCUCUAAACAAAAUUAUUUUUUUUACCUACCUGUCGUACAAUUAGUGGGGCGUUAAAAUGCUACCCCUCUUUGGGACCAUGCCGAAUGGCGCCAGUUUGCCAAAUCACCCGAAUUUCCUCAACCAAUUGGCGGCUGCAAUUUCCACGGCGACGACAUCGGUCGUAGGAAAUCCGUCAUCCCCACCCAAACAAAACCUGAGUAAGAUGGCCAAAGCACAGCAGCCACCGCAGGGAAGUGCACCCAUGGAUCUGGAAAACGAGAACGAACACUCCACGGAUGUGAGCUCCACGACGGCCCACAAGGAACCCAAAUUGCAGGCUACAUCCACAUCGAUUUCUCUGCCGGAUUCGGCGCAACUUUACCUGAACGGUUUGAUGCACACGCCACCGGGUUAUCUGUAUUUUCCGGCGGCCCAGGCGGGCGGUGCUCCAGCCUCGGGAAAUACGCCUUCGACAGGAGGGACAUCCGUACCAGCAGCAUCAGGAGCCAGCUCCGCUAAUGCCCAGAUGCUGAUGGAUCCUACGGCCAUGAUGGCAGCGGCAAUGCAGCAGAUGCAACAGAUGCACUACGCCGCUGCUGCAGCAGCGGGAAUGACCACGGAACCUGGAGCAGGACUAGAAGCAGCCCUCAGUGUGGAUGGCGUUGCACCAGCUGGCCUUAAGGAGGUUAUUAAGACCAAGAACUGCAUCCUGUUCCCGCCUAAUCCGAAUGCUCCACCACCCACCAUACGGGAGAGACCGCCUGGCUGCCGUACUGUAUUCGUGGGCGGACUGCCAGAGAACAUAACUGAGGAGGUGAUCCGGGAGAUCUUCGAGUCGUGCGGCGAAAUCACCACCUUGCGCAUGUCCAAGAAAAACUUCUGUCACAUACGCUACCGCCAAGAGGGAGCCAUAGACAGAGCCAUCUACCUAUCCGGUUAUAGGUUGCGUAUAUCGGCGCUAAAUGAACCUCCCAACUUUGGUCGGCUGCAUGUGGACUAUGCGCAGGCACGAGAUGAUCAGUAUGAUUACGAAUGCAGGCAGAGGCAGCAUCAGAGGGAGCAGCGGCAUCGGGAGCGCAUGUCGAUGGACAGGAUGCGAUCGCAGUCGCCUCCACCGAUACCACACUAUACGGAUCACGAGGCGACGGCAGUGGCGGAGCACUUGCGGACCAACGAGACCUUCGUGAAGGCCAUCCAAACGAUUACAGCCUGGCUGGAACGGGGAGAUUGCACCAAAAGGAAUGCCAAUGUCUUUUACUCUAUGAUCCAAAGUACUCAUGCCCAUGUGCGGAGACUACAUGCCGACAAACUGCAAUUGGAGGAGGAUCUCAAGAAGGCCAGGGACAGCUACCGCAACCAAAUGGGCACCAUGUCCACACAAUUCACUCAGAUUGAAAAAGUGUUCAAUGCCGCUAGUCACAAGAAGGUUUGGGACCAUUUCACCAAAGCCCAAAGAAAAAACAUCGAUCAAUGGAAGAAGUUAGCCACGGAACUACGAACUGUUCAGAUCCCCGACGAUGAUGAAAUGGAAAUCUCCGACGAUGAGCGGGACUACGAAAGGCGCGGACCCGGUGCCAAGCGAAUUCGCUACGAAAGUGAGGGCUUAAAGGACGAAAACGAUUCACUACGCUGCCAACUGGAGGCCAUUCGACAUGAGAUGACUCUGGAGCGCAGUGAUUAUGUUCAGCGUGAGAAGCAAAUAAAGGUGCUCCAAGAAACCAUACGCAAUAUGCAAACGCAGCUGCUGCAGACAAAGUUGCGCGAACAGAAGGACACCAAGAUAAUUGAGCAGCUGGAGCGGAACCUUAAAGAUGCCGGGGUUAAGCAACUGAUACUGAAGACCAAGAUCAAGGAAACUGUGGACAAGUUGAAGGACAAAGAGGCGACCAGUGGCGGAGCCUCGAAUGCUUCCUCGAUUUUAGACUACAGCAGUGGAGAUUCAUGCAGUCAGGAGGCCACGGAGAUUAUACGGCACCAGCCACAACCGGAGCCGGAAAUAAUUGACAUCGAUAAGGUGGACGAUGAUGUGCGCAUCAUAGAGCACCAAAGCGGUGUGGUGGAAAUUCACGAGAUCGAGGACGAUGAAAAGCAGGAGCCUGCAAAGGAUGCUGCGGAAAGCAAUGCAAAGGAGUCAAUUAUAGAAGAUAGUUCAAAGUCAAAUAAUGAUGAGACUAUAAAUAAAUCUUGCACAGAGCAGACUACAAUAUCGCCUGGGGAAGAGGUCGCCUUCAAAAGAUUGGCUCUUUCGGAAGCGAAAAUAAUUGCGCUGGCCUCCGCCUAUUUGGUGCUUUAUCCCCACGGCGUGGAAAUCGACAGCAUAGCCAGAUACUUAAAUGGAAUGCUGUGUAACAAUAUCACUUCCAGUAACCAUGAUGAUCUUGCCAAUAUACUCGGAAAGUACACAAACCUCUUUAAGCCAGAUCAGGCCAAAUGGAGGUUCUGUGGCUUUAGUGAACCUACGGAAUCUCAGCCGGAGUCGCAGUGAGGUGGACAAAGCGGCGUGUAGACUCGAAUAAGAUGACAAUUGAAUGCUUUAAUUAUGUUACAACUAUAUCAUAAAGUGUAGCGAAUAAGCGGGGAGAAAAGUGACACGUUAACCAAAAGAGAGACGCAAGUUUUUCGAAGCAAUCACAACUUAAUGAGACCAGUUCCAGUUUUAAGGGCAAGUACUCGUAGUUAACUCUAUCUGAAGAAAGACACCACAAACUAACUACCGUUUCAAUUAUUUAAACAACUCAACUUUAACAAUAUUUAUACAUCUAAGCUAAAUGAAUUCAAUAUAUACAAAAUAUAUAUACAUCAAUAUUUUAAAUAAGCUAAGAGGCCGAGAGUCGAGCGAUUAAACGAAAGUGUUGCUUAUGUUGAACAAGAGCGAAAGAAAGGAACCAAAUAAAUUUUAUGCUAAAAUAUA